AUGGUGACAACCACACUAGAAGCAGCACAGAGUUUCCCAUUACCGGAAAUCCCGGUGAAGCUGCGAUGUAAUAUUUGCAGCGGUCUUGCCCGCGGCGCUGUACGACUACCCUGUUGCGAACAGGCGAUCUGCGAUACAUGUCGUUCCAAUCUUCCCGGUGUUUGUCCUGUAUGUGAUCAUUCACCAUUGAAUGCCGACGACUGCAAACCAAAUUCCGCCUUGCGGACUACAGUCGCUGUCUUCUUAAGGACGGCCGAGAAGAAGCAUGCGCUCGCGCUGCAGAAGGAACAGAAGGCUACACAGCAGCAGCAACAGCAGCAACAACAGAAACCGCCAAUCCGAGAGCCUACACCCACUCCCGAAGUCAAGGCCCAGGAACCACAAUCGACAGAAAAUGCGCCUUUGGUGACUGCCGAAGAGUCAUCAGCGACAUCGGUGGCGAACCCUAACACGCCGGUUGCAGGACCCGCAAUAUUGGCGCCAACAAAUGAAAAUCAACAACGCACUCCCGGAUCCUAUAAGCCCGACACCGAUAACUCUCCAUCAGGAAGCACCGAGGCGACCGACGUGAAAACCGGUGCCAACGGAGUCGUACCACAGAUGGAAUACAACCAACAAAAUGGCUGGUUCAACGGACAGCAGAUGAACAAUAUGGGCCAACCCAUGUUCCCGGGCCAAGAAAUGGUCGGAGCCGGAUGGGGAUACAAUCCUAUGCAGGGCGGUUGGGACAACGGAUACGUCAAUGGCAUGAUGGGAUAUCCGAUGAUGAAUCCGAUGGCCAUGGCACAAUCGGGAUAUGGUGGGGGUAACUUUGGAAGCAUGGGCGGCGUUGGAGGGUUCAAUGGACAGAAUGGAGGGGACAUGGGCGGCUGGAAUAAUGGCUGGAAUGGUCAGAAUAAUAUGGGAUUCAACCAAGGGAUGGCUAUGCGUAAUGGUGGAUACAAUUAUGCUCCGUCUGCUGCGGGUGGAUAUAAUCACCAGCAAGUGCCAUCGUCACAACAAUAUCAAAAUCCGCAUUUUCAGCGGCAACAGAACAUCCCGAGAGGUGGUGGUUUCACUGGUGCCACCGCAGGAAGCCGUCCUUUCAAUUCUUCUGACCCUAUUCAGCAGCAACAAUCGCAGCAGCAGCGACAGCGACAGCAUCCGUCGCAGGAAGGUUCGCAGGAAGGCCAGCAGGAGCAAGCGCAGGAUGGUCAACAAUCUCUGGAGCAGGAUUCCACACUUCAGGGUCAGAUUGAAGGUAUUGGAGAGGCGAAGGGAGGUGCAUCAUCCAUCACAGGUGAAACUAAAGGAGAAAAGAUCCCGUCUAUCGUGUCGGGCGACCUAGAUGACCAAGAUGCCACAGCUGCCAUCACCACCACCACUACUACUACCACCGCCACUACGGCUGGGAUCGACUCGGAGGCUCCUGGGGAGACGGAAUCCACCGUCCUUGCCGGUGCUGACAACGAGAACGAUAUUAUCCCGGAACAAGAGCAGCAGGAAGGGAGCGGACUCCAGCCCAUUUCCUCUGUCAUCCCAAUAACUCCCCUGCAGCCAGCUGAAAUGUAUCAUCACGACGACUAUUCAAUGGGCGGAAUGGGACAAGGAUACCCAAUGGGUGGUUUCCCACCAUAUGCAAACUUCCCAGUUAAUAAUGGGUUUGGUCCGCCGGGUGUACGCAAUGGAUUCCGUAACGGAUUUGUGGGAAACAACAAUAAUAGAGCAGGAUUCCGCGGCGGAUUCAAUGGUGGAAUGCGAGGCGGCCCUGGUCACUUCGAUGCUCCUCCUGGUCCCCCGAUGGGAAUGAUGCCUAAUGCGAUUCCAGUCGAUAAGAUGAUGCCGGGCGCUAUUGUCGGGAAGGGCGUUGAGGGUGCACCUACGGGCCCGAAGGCUAUGCGCGAAGGCAGGCCGAACCGGGGGAUGAUGCCGCGUGGUGGAGGAAGUUUCUCUGGCAGGGGCGGAUACAAUGGCGCUGGGUCGAGCUGGUCUAGGAGUAUGUCACCGAACGACCGAACAGAUCGCACUGAUCGAGGCCGCUCCUACAGCCGCUCCCUCUCACCAGGCCGUGAUCGCUCCCGUGAUCGCUCCCGUAGCCGCUCCCGCCCGCGCCGUCGCCAUUCCCCCACCGACCGUGACCGUGACCAGGAGAGAACUUCCAUCUCCCCCGAACGCGAGCGCGAACGCGAUCUCACUCCCAAGCGCGAUGCCACCCCGGAGCCCACUGUCGCAGACGAUAUCCCCGCCUCACCUACCGCCGCUGGCGCAGGAACCAAGCGCUCUCGCUCCCCCUCUCUAGUGGCCAACGAGCGCGCUGGAUCCCGCUCCCGAUCCCGCUCCCGCCAUAAGCGAUCCCGCCGUCAUGAUAAAGAGAAGAGGAGUAGCGGUCAUAAGAGCAGUCGGCACCAUCGCAGCCACCGUAGCGGCAGGAAACACCGCCGCUCGAGGUCCAGGAGCCGUGGCGACCGUGUUGACUCUCCUGCGCGCGGUGAAGAGGACGAGGAUGGUACCAAAGAGAGGAGACGUCACAGACAUGACAGGGACCGUGAGCGAAGGCACCGAAGACACCGCCGCCACCGCAGCACGGAGAAGGAUGGCGGCGAAGAGAAGAAGGACAAGGAGAGAGAGCGAAGGGUCAGCUACAAGUACGAGGAUGAGGGAGACCUCGAGAGAAGAGCAGAGAGGGAUAGGGAGGCGGAAAGAUGGGUGAAAUAG